GGUCAAGAACACGUGGUAUUAUUGUUAAUUAGUGUUAAAUGAUAUCAUAAUAACUAAAUUAUCAUUGUUGGAUAUCUAACUGGAUACCCGAUAACCGAUUUGAAAAUCCAGGUAUCCGAAGUUUGGAUACCCAAACUUAUCGGUUCGGCUUAUAAAUAUCACUUUUAGUGAUAUUGAGUAUCGAUUAUUUGAACCGUUAGUACUAACGAUACAGAUAUUCGCCCCAUGCUUCUUUUCAAGUUUCAGAGUCCGUGAUCCUAAAAUCAAUUUUCAUCAAAAAAAAAAUAAAAAAUUAAAACCCUAACAUUCUAAAUUGACUUUAAUUACUCGAUCAACAAUUGCGCCUUUGAUCACAAAGUUUCGAACCUUAGGGCUUGAAUUCAAUCAACAAUGGCGGCACUCCCUUCUGAGAUACUUGCCGAUAUUCUGUCAAGAGUUCCAGCGAAACCUCUUCUCCGCUUCAAAUGCGUCUGCAAAUCCUGGAAUUCCUUGAUCAAAUCCCCUAAUUUCAUCAAACUACACCUCAAACAAACCCUAAUUUCUAAUUCAGAUCGUCAUCUCCUCGUUUCAUCUGAAUACUCUUCAUCUCUUCAUUCCGCCGACCUCGACCUCAACCAUAACCUUAUCUCUUGCUCGGAGCUCCACCACCCUCUGAAACACCACAAUGCUGUCAAAUUGGUUGGUUCCUGCAACGGCGUCGUUUGCAUCUCUGAUGAAUCCAAAAACAACGUCGUUUUAUACAAUCCUCUUACCAAAUCACGUCGUGAAAUCCCCGUCGAUCAAAUUUCAAACCCUAGUAAUGAUUUCAUUGUGUUAGGGUUUGGAUACGAUAGCAAGAACGACGGUUACAAGGUUUUGAGGGUGGUUGAUGAGAGUGAAGUGAUAUUGUAUAGUUCGAACAACAAUUCAUGGAAAACUGUUGGAAGUUUUCCAUAUUAUCUCGGUUAUAGAGGAUUCAGUGGUUUGCUUGUUAAUGAGGCUUUACAUUUCAUGGUAACCAAGUAAUUGGAGUCGCAAUUUAAGUUCAUUGUCAGUUUUAAUCUUCAGACUGAGAGUUUAUCGCUAAUUGAAUGCCCGAAAGAUGAUAAUAUGUUAAGGAGUGAUUUGAUGUUUUUCUUGGCUGAAUUGGGUGGGUGUUUGUGUUUGGUGCUUAAUAUUCAUAAUGAAAAUCUUGCUGAUUUAACCCCUGAGAUGUUGACUGUAAGACAGUUUGCGAAUCGUGUCGAUUUGUGGGUGAUGAAAGAGCAUGGAAAGAAAGAGUCUUGGACUAGAUUGUUUAGGAUUUGCAAACCGGAGAAUUUUGGGGCUCUUAUUGAGAUUAAGCCUGUUGUUUAUGCUAAAGAUGGUCGGAAGAUUUUGUUGGAGAUAGACGGUGAGAGACUUGGAUGGUAUGAUGUCAAGUCCAACAAAUUUGAUAGAUGCACGGUUCGUGGGCGGCCAAAUGAAGUUGUGGGACUGUGUGUUUCAUUGGCAGCCUUGUUUCGUUUGGAGAUAAGCCGCGUCUUGAAAGGGGAACCUCGCCAAAGAAGAACAAAAAGAAGUAAAAAGUUUAAUUUAAUUUAUUUUUUUGCAUUUCCUUUUCGCCAAAUCCCAAAUGUAUGAUCCCUCUUUGUGCUAUACUUGGUUGCUAUACAGGGGAAGUUUCUUAGAGCUUGCUAUCAGUGUCAAAUGAAUGCUGCUUAGUUACUUAGCUAGGUGUCAGUCAUACUGUCAUAGUAUGCAUGUGGUUCAUUUUUAGGUCGAUCAUCUAUUCUAUGUGUCUUUAAACAGUGUUACCCUUAUUUUUUACUACUAUAUGUUUGUUAUGGAUUGUUGUUUUUUUUAUUUUGGAGUGAGGUUAGACCUAAAUUACAAUAGUAUCACAUAAGCUGCUACCAAUGUUUCUGACGUCUCACUCAAGUAAUUUUUUUCUAAGUGUUUGCUGAAGCUAGCAUGUUUUGUUAUCUUAAAAUGAUAUGAUUAUAAAAUUUUGAUUCUCUACCUUGAUCUGGAUUUUUUUUCUUCCUUAAUUAAUAUUCUAAUGUUGUUAUUUUGUAACUAUUAAGUAUUGUCAUUUUCUUGGAAUAGGAUGUUCUUUUAGCUAUUAUCUGCUGUUUGGGAUACUAAGUAUGAGAGCAAGAUAGAAGAAUCCUGAAUAGCUUUUGAAUGAUGUUCUUUCUAUCAAAGUGAGAUUCUGAUCAAAGAUUUAUGAGGCCUUUGUUAUGCAUCUUUGACAUUAGAGUUUCAAAGUUCUCACUGCUACCCUAUGAUGCACGGACACGCCUGCCAAGUGGCGU